AUGGCUGAACAAGGUGUUGCUGGAGAUGUAGGUGAGGAUGUAGAGGUUGAGCAAUCUGAUGGACAAGGACCAUCCUCACCUAAGCCAGAUAAGAGAAAUAUCACCAAAAAAGGCAAGAAGAAGAAGGCCGAUGACAGAAUCAAAUUUGAUUGGCCUAAAAGGAACUACUUUGAAAUUACAUGUGAAAUUCCCACCAUGGGUUUGAAAAAUUUGAUUCAUCGUUUUGUGUAUAUCGCCAAACUGAAACAAGGCAUCGAAGACAGAACAGAGAUUGGAAAUCAUUAUGAAAGAUUUUUCAAAAAUCUUCAGAAUGUUCAUCAGUCAUCAGAAGUGGUCACAGGACUUUUGCUUGUCUACAUGAAACAUAUAGUGCACAUUGUUGAGACAUCCACAGAUCUAAUAACAGAGACAGUGAGGGACCUACAAUCGAAUAUCGACGACAGCAGUGGGUCUUUUGAGUCCAGCAAAAUUCUCAUCAUCUCGCAUGAUAUCCCUCAUCGACUUUAUGGUCAGUGGAGCUUCCGCACCUUGGACAUACAGGCUGCAAGAAUAGAGAAUUAUGACAGCAAUGAAUCAACAGACAAGAUUGUCAUAGAUCUUUUGACACAGUUACUCAAGCUGGGUAAUCAUCUAGCAAAGACACCGAAGUUGAAUUUGAAGAACUUGAUGGAUAGUUUACACGAAAGAGUGCCAGAGCUGCUACCCCAGCAAGGCGUGCUACAUUACCUGUGUGAGGACAAUGACCCCUGUCUGAUCAGACCCCAGGACUACUUGGACAUGUAUGAUAAACCCUUUGAUGUGGUAUUGGACAGUGAAGAAUUGGUGUGGCCUUUGGCGACCAGACUAUUCCCUUACAACUAGUAGAUCAACCUAGCUUGAUGUGAAGACUGUGAUAUGCAAUAAAUUACAUUUGUGUAUGUUUUUCCAUGCGUCUCGUACCACUUUCUUACAUGACUAGUGAAAUGUUGUUCGGGAAAAUGGAAUUGAAAGAAAAAAGAAGGAAUUGUAAACAUACUUUUGAAGAGAGUGGAAAAUCAGGACAAAAACAAAACAAAAAUAUUUAAUUGUUUUUUCUUUGAUAACAUGCUA